AUGGUGUGCCACGCUCUGUCAUCCAGCGGUGCCGCAUCCUACGGCUCUGCUUCCCAGGACCCGGAGUCCGUGCAACUGAUCAAGUCGACGCAGUCAACCCCGCCACGCCGACUCGGGCAAUGGUACAUCAACAUGUUCAUGAUCAACUUUUUGGAGUUCGCAACCGAGUCGUCGCGCGGUAUUGUGCUACCCACGCUCUUCCUGUACACGUCGUCUCUGGGCGGUGAUCUGGCCUUCAUGGGAUUCAUCAACGCGCUCUUUUCGGUCGGUCGCCUCUUCUCGAGUACCGUGUUUGGUUGGAUGUGCGACCGGUACUCGUUCCGCUCCGUGUACCUCAUUUCGACCUUCAUUUGCCUUGCGGGUAACAUCAUCUACCUCGUUGCCGAUGAGCACUUGACUGGCAGCUUGACGGCGCUGGCAUUCAGUCGCUUCAUCGUGGGAUUCGGUGGUGGCAACCGCAGCGUGUGCCGUGCGGAUGUUGCUUCCGUCACAACGAUCAACCAGCGCCUGCCGUAUCUGACAAUUCUGGUCGGUGUGGUAUUCUUGGGCUAUGCGUUGACACCGGGUCUCGGUAGCCUCGUGGCCGAUACGGAUCUGAUCAUCUGCGGGGUACACUUGAACAAGUUCACUUCACCCGGUAUGAUCCUGAUCAUACUGAAUGUGCUGACGAUCUUCGGUAUCAUGACGGUCUACGAUGACAGCGUGACAGUACACGACGGUCCCGGAGGACGAGGAACCGUGAAUGUGCCGCUGUUUAUUACGGCAACGGACAGCGACCCGGAGAGCGUGAGCGUCGUGAUGGCGGCCUCAAAUUUCCAGUUCUACUUGGGCUUGCUGGGACUUCUGUCGUACUUUUCGAUUGAGUACUUCCGUCACAGCGUUCGCGACGAAAACUGGGUACACCUGGGCUUUGGAAUGGUGCUUGCGGGCAACAUUCUGCUGGCCAUGGUACCGGAGAACCUGACGUUCACGCAGCUGUCCCUCGCCGAGUUCUUGGUCUGGAGUGUAGGCUGUCCGAUCUCGACCACGGUGGUGCUGGCGGCGUUCUCCAAACUGCUGGGUGGCCGUCCACAAGGCACGCUGAUGGGUUUGCUGGGCUCGACCGCAUGCAUCUCACGCAGUAUCCUUCCGUUGCUGCCUGCGGUGAUGCCGACGCUGGAGCCAGUGUUCUGGAUCAAUAUCGUGCUGUGCGCGAGCAGCAUCGUUCUUUUGUGGUGGUACACCGGUUUGGUGCACCGGACCAAGAUGGCGAUGCUAGCUGACGUCGAGAACGCCUACAGGGUAGAAUCGCCUACGAACGACCCUCGCUCUCCUUUGGGCUCAGACAAAGCCGACUUCCCAGAGAACGACUAA